UUUUCGCAUGACAAAGCGGUUGUCACAGUGACGCGCUUGGCAACAGUUUGAUCAAUGUCAACGCGAUAAUUCCUAACAUUUCGUUUUGCGAUUUAUUCAAAACACUUUUUAACGCUUAAAAAUGGGGCCAAAAAAGGACAAAAAAGAGAAGAAGAAAGGAAAGGAAGCCGAUGAACCGAAAGCUGUUGGUACCAUUACAGAGGUAGAGAAAACGUUUUUGGAAUUAGAACUUGCCGAGUGUAAUCGAAAAGUUGCUCGUCUGCGAACAGCUGUUGAUGAGUAUGAGCAGAAGAACGAAGAACUACAGAAAGCAUACGAUAAACUGGAUGAAGAUAGGGCUGAUAUUAUAGCGUACUUGAAGAAAACACUUAAUUUGAAAUCGGAGGAAAAUAAUGAGCUAAAAGACAAAGUGAAGGGUCUCGAGGAAACUCGAGCUAUUGAAAUGGCACAAUUUAAAGAAACAGUUGCAGAAUUAGAAAGAAAUUUCUCAGUUAUGAAAGACCAAUUGACGUCAGAAAAUAAGCUUUUAGCUGGAAAACUUAAUACAUUAGAAGAAUUUAGAGCUAUAAGAGAUGACCUUAUGAAAAAAUAUGAAAAACAAGAGCAAGACUUUAAGGAUCAAGAAAUGAAAUAUAAGAGGAUUAUAUAUGAUGCUGAAAAGAAAUUUGUGAUAGGUAAAGAUAAACUUAAAAGGGAAAUGGAAUCUCGUCUACUACAACUGGCACAAGACUUUCAGGACGCUACCGAACUAAGAAUUGCUGCAUCUACUCAUAGAGUCAUCAGAGAAAAUAUUGCGAUUAACAACGAACUUGACAGUAUAUUAUCCAACCAAACCAAGUUAGCUGAGCAAAAUGAGAAAUUAAAAGAAAGUGAACAAGCAGCCCGCAUUGCUAAAGAGCUAGCGGAAGAAGAACGAGAUAAAGCCAUCAAUAAAAAUGUUAUACAGCUAAAAGUAAUAGAUCAAUUGACUACAUCUUUCCAAAAUAUGAAAAAAGAAAAGGCACAUUUCGAGAAAAAAAGUUUUGACUUGGAAACAUUACAAUCUAAAAUUGAUAUUUUGAUAAAAGAAAAUGAAGAAUUGUCUUUGAAAGUUCGUAUAUUAGAACAAAAUUUACAUUCUCGCUUAACAAACCAAAAUAAGUCAUCAACAGAAGCAUCGUUGCUUGUAAAAGAGUACAAAAAACUGAAAAAAAUAUUAAAGGAAGCCGCAAUUACCAUAAAAGCUGCGCUCAAGUUAGACGAGUGGUCUAAAACUGAUCCCACGCAGAAAGCUGUAGAUAGACACACAUUGUUGAAUCAGUUGUUGGAAAUCAUAACUAAACAUCACGAAAUCAAAACAACAAAAUCUGUCGACACCUUAGCAUCUCUUGGAAAAGUGUACGAGGAAGGUGAUCUAGGCUUUAUACCGAAAGUCACGAAGAAGUCGUCAGUUAUGCAUACACCAUCUUCCUUAGAGACAAAACGAGCACCCGAAAAGUCUUUAAAGUCUGAGAAACUUUCAAGUGAAUCUUCAUCAUCUUCUCGGUCUUCGCCUCAAGGUAGCUUAAGAACUGUGCCUUCCAUGAGGCUCGUACCACAAUCUUCUGAUGUUAAAGUUGAAAGCGAGAGUUUCCUCUCAUUUAUCACUUCAACAAAAACAACUCUGAGCUCCGAGGAAAGCUCUGAAUCUGGUAAUGAGACUGAUAUAGUAAAGAAAAUCGAUGAUUCUAAGCCAUCAAUCCAGAAAUCUAUGAUGAAACAUAGUGCUGAUCCAGAAGCAACAAGUGAAAGUGCGCUUAAAGAAGAAUUGCUGCAAGAAGAUAAUACAGAAGAUAAAGUAUCUACUAAAGAACUGACUGAGGCUGAGACCAAAAACGAUAUAAAGCCUGAAGAACAUGAUUCUAAAGAUACAGAGCCUUCGCCGGAUGUUGAUGUAGAGGAGGACAUACAAGUAACAGAAUAAUGGACGUGAAAAUUUAAUAUUUUUACUGCCUGUGAAACAUUAUUUUAGUGCGUGU